AUGGAGAACAGCCGGAGUGGGCAGCGAGACGUCGGAUUCAAAUUCGAUCCGACCGACGAUGAAUUGGUGCUGGGUUACUUGCUGAGCAAGCUUCGAGGCAAGCCGCUCCCCUCCGACGAAUACGUGAAGGAAUGCGACGUUUAUGGCCAGGAGCCGUGGGAAAUUUGUGAGAAAUUCCGCGUCCACCCUUCCUCCCGGUCCCGAUUCUGGUGCGAAGACGACGAGGGCGAUCUCUACGUUUUCACUCCUCUGAGGAAGAGAAGCAUCGGCGGGUCUAGACACGACCGGAGAGUGGGAACGGGUGGAGGGUAUUGGCACGGGGAGGACGCCGGCAAGGUUUCUUGGUCCUCCGACCGCAAGAUUUGCUGGAUCAACAAGAGGUUCAAGUACAAGAGCGACGGCGGCAGGGGUAAUGCCGCGGCGAAGAAUCAGGACGGGUGGAUUAUGCACGAGUACAGCCUCCAUAAGCCGGCUCCGUGGCUGGGGCUGGACGAGUCGUUGUUCGACAGCUACGCGCUAUGCAGGAUCCGGAAGAACGAGAAGAAGCGGAAGGCCGCGCAGGGGAAGAACAAAGUGUACUAUCUCGAAAUCGACGAGGAGGAUGAUGAUGAUGAAGUGAAGGGAGAGUUGAAGGAAAUAAUAGCAGCAGGUGGUGGCGAAUCGAAUUCGUCGAAGCAACAAGAACAACGGUGGCUGUCGCCAGUCGGGGGUGGUGGUGCUCCGGCAGCUUCCCCUGCUUCUAGUGUUGGAUCUGCUGCUUUCGCGGCUUCUCCUCCGGAUUUUGAUCCCCAGAUCAACCAGCUACGGCAAUGGAUAGAACGUAGUGCUUCUUUUUCUUCUGAUGCUGAUCAUUGCGGUCCAGCCCUAUGCGAGGAAGAGCAAUGGGAAGCUCUUCGAAAGGCGAUCGGAAUGAAUUUCUGA